CUGACAUAAAGGUGUCAACUGGCAGCCAACGUGACAUGGAGAUCUUCUAACUGCAAGUAGCUGUUUUGCACUUUCAAGAAAAGAAGCUCUGUUCUCGUUUAAUCAUUUGCCAGGGCUCUUGAUAAGCAGAGAGCAUCAGGAAGAACAGCCAGCCACAGCUCCCCUCAGGAUAAGACUUGAAAAUUCAUGGCUCCUGGCCCAGAUCUUCAUGGAAACUAUCAGAGUCCAAAGAAGGAAGUUCAAUGCCACAUCAUGCUCUUUCCUCUCAGCUCCAAGAAUUUCUGGAUGGUGGUGCUCCUGAGUACAAUCAGAUGGACAAUAGGAAGCAUAAGCUGUCCCAAAGAAUGUACAUGCCAAUACCUAACUGUCAGUUGCACGGGGAAACUGCUGGAAGAGUUCCCAACUAUAAUUCCACUGGAUACCAGGCAGCUGGUUCUGGCUGAAAACAAACUCAGCUACUUGCCCUCACUUGAGUUGAAUUUUCUCAGUGACCUGAUCUACCUAGAUUGCAGCAGCAACACUUUAGGCAAGGACCUGGAUUUCACUUUUGUCAGCAUGAUCAAGCUUAUCUACUUAGACCUCAGCUUUAACAAUCUCACACAGGUAACUUUUGGCACCUUUUCACAGCUGAGCAGUCUGGUGGUGCUAAAACUCUCAGACAAUCCCAGCCUGGUAGAGAUUGAGAAGGACUCUUUUGCCAAUAAUACCUUGUUGAGGCAUCUAGAUGUGAGCCGCUGCAGCUUGAUGUUUAUUGAUACAAGUACGGUCAGGGACCUGCCUAAUCUGAAAAGACUGGACAUAGACCCUGCCAAUGUCACCUGCUACAGCCCUGUUUUUAUGCAUGGCUUGAAAAUGCUGGAAGAGGUGCAGGAAGAACUCUACUACAGGUGCUAUAUCCAUUUCAGCAACCAAGACUAUCUCUUUCUGGGGUUAAUUGGGUUUGGUAUAUUCUCUGCUGGCACUGUGUUGGCCUGGCUGAUGCAAAUAUGUGCAGUGAUAUAUGAGUUCUUAACUGCCACAGGAGAAGAUGAUAAGGAGGAAGAGGAAAUGGAGAACUAGAAUGACUCAUCACAAUGGAGCUCCAAGUAUGUUUAUUUUAAGUAUCUCCCAGGCCAUUCAAUAAGGUUGCAGUAAUUAUAAUGCAAA